GCCUCCCAUAUAAUUCCGUUUGCGCCGCCUCGUUCGCAUCACAAUUGUUUACACAUUUUUGAUAAAUAACAGCCAAUAACCCCGGCUUAAAUGUGCGAGGAGCGUUUCGGGCAUAACUUGAAGCUGUUCCCCGCCGCACUCACGUGAUCCGAGCCCUGUGCGUGUGCCGCUACCACGCACAUGGAGGAGCAGCAACAGGCGACUCCGCCAAAGAAGCGCAGUCACAGCGAGUACCACGAUCCGGAUUAUCAGCAAACGGAAAUUCCGGGCCGGGAUCAGGAUGAUCACAAGGCCUCUUUCGAGGGCUCCAAUCGGCUCAAAGCUCAGCAGCAACAGGCAACUUUGCCAAGGAAGCGCCGACACAGCGAGUACCAUGAUCCGGACUAUCACCAAACGGAGGUUCCCAACCAGGAUCAGGAUGAUCCCAGUGACGGAGAGGUGUUCACCUCUGCCCAAGGAAAGCGACCCAAAGUGGAGCAACAGGUGCCGCCACCGCCCAGUGACAAAUUUUGGCGCAUCCGCCAACUCCUGCGUCUGGAGUUCCAGCGCGAAAUCAACCAGAAAGUUGAGCAGCUGGCCGAGAUCGAUCGACGGCUGAUGCAGGGACGCCAGCUGCUGGACAGGCUGCGUUACCAGGUGGUCAGAGAGUACUACCAGAAGCAACAGGUUCCCCUCACCGCAGCCGACGUGGCCAAGGUGCGUGGUGACAGUCUCUUUGGGGACGACCUUUCCGCCCCUCAGUUGCCUCUGCAUCCGGCCAUCAAGAAAAUCGUUGGCAAACGACCAGUUCCCAUCCAGAAUCAUCUGCCAGAGCGCACGGCAGCCACCUUGGCCAAGCAAACCAUUAGGCUAAGGAAUCCGGCUCAUCGACGUGCGGAAAGAAGGCGUCAGCGGAAGAUCAAGGAUCAGGGCAUCGUGACCGAUCACUCCAAGGAUCGGCAAGAGCAGGAGCCGCCGCCUCCCAUCUCGAUAAAGCUCGAGGAUGAGCAGCCUUGCACCAGUCGACAGGCCUACGAAAAGCAACUGGAGCUGAAUGCCUCACGGCUAAACAACAAGAAUAAGUUCAAUUUUGUGGUGGGAAACACUUCCAAGUACAUUGGUGAAGGUUCCCGAGAGAAAUCCAAUGGCGAACAAGCUUUGAUCUACAAGUGGUUGGUCUAUGUGCAGGGCAAAGGGCUACCCCAACCCCUUGGUUAUUACAUUAAAAAGGUGCGCUUUCAUCUGCAUCAUUCCUACCGCCCCAACGACAUUGUGGACGUGCAUAGUCCUCCGUUUCAGAUAACGCGUCGAGGCUGGGGCGAGUUUCCCAUGCGCAUUCAGUUGUUCUUCCAAGAGCACUUAAAACAGAAGCCCGUACAGCUCAUGCACACGGUGGUGCUGGACAAAACUAUGUGUGGCUUGCACACGAUGGGUGCCGAGACUACUGUGGAAAUCUGGCUGAGAGCAGAAAAGGCAAUGACGAAAAGGAAAAGUGUUAAGCCCGUGGCUACUCCAAAGCUUUCACCUGCAAAACCUGCUCCUCCUGCGCCGGCUAUUCCUCUUUUCGAGCAUCCACUGCCUGCAUCUCCGGUGGAGUCCUGCAAGCCACGCACCAUUUCCAUUACCCAAAACAAGGAGGAAUUGGAUGACAACCUGUUUGCGGGCAUUAACAAAAUUGAAAUGAGCGACGACAUUGAGCAAAUUGAACCCACGGUGCUCGUCUCGGAGCCUCUAAAGUUAAGCUACAGUCCCAGAAAGCAGCCACCCUGUCCAGCCACCCCGCCCAGGCCUCAGCUGCGAUUGAAUGCAACUCCCGUCAGUGCAUCUCGACCUUCGGUGGUCUAUCUACCAGUGAAUGGCAGGAGUCCGAGGCAAGAAUCUUUGCCAGUGAAUCCGAGGUCAGAGGCUUCGUCGCAGAUUGCUCAGGAAUCAUCGCCCGAUCGGCCAUCCAUUAAGCCUGUGCGCAAUGGCCAUCACCAGGGCAAGAAGAACGUUGUGAUCCAGCGAGCAGGCAAGCUGUAUAUCAUUGAUCCCCUGCAGCGGAAACUUAAGCAGGCUGCAAAGCAACAAUCGCUACUGAAGCCACAACUAAGUCUCCUCAAACCGCCGACGAUGAAGCGCUGGCAUUUGCUGCAGUGCAUACAGCACGAUCACGGGUAUGCGAACAUGAGCGGGGAGGUGGAGGAAAGGCCACUGAUGUCCCACAGUCCUACUCCGCUGGUUGAAACUCCUCUACAGACGCGACCCCGUAAGCUAGAGCAGAUAUUUGCAAGUUCGCACUUCCAAAACAUGCGUAGUGCCGUUGAGUUCCUGUUGCGACGACUGCCGCUAGCAGCGACCGAUCAGAAGAAGGAGUAUCCUUUCACGUGUACAACGCUCGACGAAUUUCACAAGCAAACUGCUCUAAAGCAACGAUGCUUUGAGUACAUGCGGGCACGACUUCUGCGCCGCUGUUUAGUGCAACACCACAAGCUGCAGCAACUGGAUGGCAGCGGGAAGGAGCACUACUGGAGCCUGCGGGAAAUAGUGGUAUUCGCCAGGGUCCAUGGCUACACGCCGCCACUCAAAAUGGUUUUGCCCAGCGAGGAUAGGAAACGAAAGCAUAAACUGGGGGCAGAGCAGCAACUGGCUCAGCGGGUGCAGGAGCAGCUGAAGGGCGAACCACACCAGCCAAUCUCGGCCUACAGUAGUCUCAGCUCUGGCAAUAGACUGGAUGCUUGGAUAGUCAAGCAAACGCAAAGGCUACGUGGUCACGACCAGAAGAUGCGGGAUAAAGAGUUUAUCGAUGUCUUGGGCGUGGACAAGCCCCAUUCGCAAGUCACCGGGGAAACUCAGUUAACAAGUAAAUCCCUCCAAGUGGUGAACAAUCGCCAUCUGCUCUAUUUACCCCCACCGAAGCAUUUGGAAUCGGCCUUACAGCUGGUCCAGGAAAUGUGCAAGGACAUCAACAUCACGCUGGAGCCGGAGGAAUCUCCGCCUGGUGUCUCACAGCCAGUGGCCCUCACUGUGCUGGGGCAUGUGCUUCGCACAUUUGUGGAAAGAUUGCUGCGCCGCUCGUUGGCCGCUAAGCUGCAGCAGGAGUCCUUGGAUCAGCUGGCUACGACGGCGACCAAUGCUCCUGUCUACCUGCAACCCCAGGACAUCGGACGCGUCAUUGUCCAGAGCUCCGAGCUGGACUUCCUGGGAAACACUCACUUGGGAGUUUCUCCUCUGGACCCCCAAUCCUAAUGGGUAGUUGCCAUAGUUUUUUUGAAUUUAUUUUUAUCAAGUGCGCGUAAUAGUUCAAAUUCUGCUGGGAUAUUUAUUAGUCGAUAUCUAAUAAGUCUUUUGUACUCUUUAUUAAGCAUAAAGCUAGGCAAUAAAUUAACUAAAUUUAUACUUUAAAA